UUUCACUGACUUUAGUACUAGUUAUAAAUAUAUAUAUAUAUAUAAGCUCGAUCCAUCUGUUCUCAUGAAAAGUAACUCUCUCUCUUAGACACACUCAUACACACAAAAACACACAUACAAUAUUUGAAUGGAGAGCCAAUAUAAGGCAAACAUGGAUGGAGUAGUUAUGAGGAGUACUACAGAUGUGAAGAUGGAGGUGAUGAAGCCUAACAAAAUGAGGUAUUAUGGAAUGGGACUACGCAUCGUAGGUCUGGUCUUCACCUUGGUAGCUGCAGUAGUGGGUGGUGUGAAUAAGGAGACAAAGAUGAUGACUCUUUCCAUCUUCCAAACCUUGCCUUCCAUCCAUGUCCCCGUAACCGCCAAGUGGUUCUAUAUGUCUUCUUCCGUGUACUUGGUGGUAUCAAAUGCCAUAGCAAGUUCAUAUGCAGCGGUGUCUUUGGCAUACUCUGUGACGAGAGAUGGAAGCAACAAAAAUGGCUCUGUAUUGCCACUCCUUCUCCUAGACCUAAUCAUGGUGGCAAUGCUUUUCUCGGCCAACGGUGCAGCACUUGCCGUCGGAGAAAUUGGCCUCCACGGAAACUCACACGCCCAUUGGAACAAAGUGUGCAAUGUGGUCAAGAAUUUCUGCGUCCAGUCUGGGGCUUCCAUUGUCAUGUCUAUGCUUGGCUCCUUCGCCUUUCUUUGGCUGGUCGUGUUGGCUUCUUUAAAUCUCCACAAAAGAUGUGGGCAGUUUGGUAAUUAGAUCCCAAAAGUACUACUACGUAUAUAUAUAUUUUGGCCUGCUUUUCAAAUUACUCUUUUAUGUACCUGAAACUAGCUGGGAAAGUUUGUAACCAUGGUACUCUACCACUACUUAGGUGAUAAACUUAAUGUGAAAUCAUGUCCAGGUUUGUACUU